GCAACGUGAUGACGUAGCGGAUUGCACAGAGAAGAGGCUUCAGGAAGGAGUGCGGUGCAGUUUUAGCGAUAGGUUUUUACCACUUUAAUCCAGAACAUGACGCUGAAUAGAAAUCACUCUCCAAAUGGUGGUAUUUUAAUUAAUAACGGCGAAAGCGUGCUGAGGGAGUGUAAGAAUGUGGAGCUGUCCUUCAGUGACGUGACCGGCAGGGGCGAGUUGUUGAGGGGCACCAGGAAGGGCACUACCUACUUGACUCCAUACAGGAUGGUGUUCGUUUCCCACAAUGCCAAAGACAGCUUGGUCUCUGUGAUGUUCCCCUAUUAUCUGAUGAAGGGCUGCAGCAUCGAGCAGCCUGUCUUUGGUGCAAACUUCAUCAAAGGCACCAUUUCGGCUGAGCCUGGGGGUGGCUGGGAGGGACAUGCUGCUUUUAAGCUCAACUUCCCCAGUGGAGGCGCCAUAGAAUUUGGCCAGCAGCUCUUCAAGCUGGCCUCCAGCGCCUCACGUGCGCCGCCGGUGCCCAGUGGAGGUGCUUCAUUUGGCUACCCUUCUCCUGGAGGCAUGAAUAAUUAUGUGCCUGCUGUUCCUGUUCCUGCUCCUGCUCCUGCUCCACCCCCAGCCCCAUACAACUAUCCCCAGAAUUACCCCUAUGUGCAGCCCCCCCCGAGCAAUGGUUACUACCCAGGGGCACCUCAGCCACCUGCUGCAAUGGGGUAUCCGUGCCCGCCAGCAUCUGCAGGGGUAUACCCAAGUGUCCCAGCGGUCCCCAGUGCCCAACCUGCCCCCAGUGCCCCUCCCUACAUGCCUCCUCCUCCACCGUACCCUGGGCCUCCCCAGGGCUGGCCAGCUCCCUACCCAGGUUCCGUGCCGGCAGAUGCGGCAGGCAAUGCCUUCUACAUCCCCAAUAACCCUCACAACGCGUACAUGCCCAUGGAACAGCCUCCCCCCUAUGCCCCCUACGCCCCCUAUCAGGACAAGAAGAACAACUGAGACCUUUGAAAAGAAGCGAUGCUCCUUAAGGUGUCUCUGAACACCCCCCCACACCCCCCCUCGGCCCCCAGCUGGUAGCACUCAUGUAAAUGAUGUGCGUUAAUCCAAGUGCUGCGUUCAUACAUACCAGAAUACAGUCACCAUUAAUGUACCAAAAACCCACAUCAUGGAUUUUGGAUGAAACCAAAACCAUGUGACAUUUGAUGAAAAUUAACCCCCAGCUGUUUCCUGUUGUGUAAUACAAAAAAAAAACAAUCGAUUGGCCCUUUUUAGAUGACUACUUUUUCGUGCAAUCCUAUGAAUUUUCUGCUGGGAUUUUCGGUUUAGCCAUUAAGAAUGAGGAAGUGAUCAAACCGAAAGAAAUCUUUUAUGGGUAUUAAUUACAGAAUUGUAGUACUCAUUAAAAUACUUUUUUUUACAAAGUAUGUAUGACUAAAACACCUUAUUGGUCAUUAGUUAGAGAUAAUGUUAUUUUGAAGUGAGAUUACUAAUUAUAUGCACAUGAUAUAUAAACACUAUCGGUAACCAUUCUCGGAAUAGUUUGUUGGUUUGCUGCCAUUUUCAUUUGUUAAUUUUCAUUAUUAGUGUGGUAAAUGUUAAUGACCAAACGCUUCCCCCCUCGGUUGUGUUAAUGCUUCUUAUGAAUUGUUACUCUUCUACAGACAUUUUUACUGUCAUAGCCUAGAGACUUAGAACAAGUUGCAAGGAAUCCUCAAUGUUAUGUAAUACUAAGUCAAUCAUGAGUGGUUAACGUGACCAUAUUUUUUUUUCCUUUUACUUGAUGUGACAUUAAGUUAUGUUUUUUUUUGUUACAUUCAUAUGGUGUUUAGCACCAUUUGAUUUGUCUGUAAGUUACUAACUGCAUUUUUUUUGUUGCAUGUUUGUGUCAUGGGUUUCUUAUUAUUAGUACAAUAGUCAAACUAUUGAUAAGUUGAGUAGAAUACAAUAGUGAUAUUUAAUUAAUCCCCAUAGGGAAAUCCUCUUUUCACCAUUACCCCAUCUUGCUCUCCUGAGACAGGCAGACACAUGUGGGGGUGAGUGCAAAGCUUGGGGGUCACAUUUGCAGGCCAGGCAGUGUGCAGUACCCAUGGAGCUUGGGGUUAAGUGCCUUGUUCAGCAACCCAACGGCAGCAUCAGUCUGCCAGCACUGGGAUUUAAACCGACAACCUACCGUUCAUGGGCACAGAGUCCUAACCAGCUGAGCCACACAUCACCCCUAAUGGUAUUCCUAAGGAUAAACCAACUCCACAUUCUUUGUAAUAGCAUAGUGUUUGUAAUAGUGUUUGGCUAUAGACCAGCAUAAAUUGAGUUAACAUUUCUGUCCAAAUUCUAAGGGUGUUGUUGAAUAUGCAUUCAUUUAUAUCCCAAAAGAAGUUAACCCUUGUUGGAAUAUUUCAAAAUUAGUUAUACUCUACUAAAGCAUUUUAAGAUAUUUGAGGUGUGCUCAAAGAUACAUUCAGCUCUAGUUGCUACGUACAUUUCAGUUGUAAGUCUGUGUUGGCAUGCACUGUUCACCUGGAUACUGACUGAAAGGGGAGUUGUAUAAAAGACUGCUUAACCGAUCAGUUAAGUGAAAGAAAAAUAGCUAAACCGCAACAACAAAGUGAUUGUGAGAUAUGAAUAAAUUAGAAUCUGAAGCCAUUUUGUUUACCUGAGACCACAAGGUAUUCAAAUAACUCUGGAUUUCCUAAUAUAAUACAUUCCAAAUAUUCUGUAGUGAUAACAAGGAACCCAUUUUAGAAAGGUGCACAUACGGUCAAUCAUGUGAAAUAUGCUAUAUGUCUGCCAAUUCAUUUUUUAUGAAUAUGGAACAAUUUUCCAUGCAUACAGAUGGCAGUUUGUGUGCACACAGUCGUUUGGUGCUGUUCCACGUCUCGCGAUGCUCUCGCCAGUUUCCAAGGCUUUCAGCAUCUUAAAUCAGUACCACGGCAUGAUUUCAUCAUUUUUAUUGUGGUUUCUUUUCCCUUUUUCCUUUGAUUACAACACAAAUGCUAUUCUUUCGUCACAGGUUAAAGUCCAUGUGAAAACAUUAACUAUGUGACAAUACCAGGACAGACCAUGUUUAUGCUGCGCAUUGAGUAACUGCACUCUGCUCACUAUCCAAAUUUGUCAAUUUUAGAGAAACAUAUUCUCUCCUUUGGCUCAGUAUAUUCCGACUAGGAAGAUGUGUUUUGGUCUUGAAACCCUAGACAGGCAAGUCAUUAACCAGUAAUGAGUCAGAGUAGCAUGGAUUGUAAUACCAUGGCAGUAAUUAACAGCUAUUAAUGCACUCCUGCUUUAAGCUUAUUUAAGGUUUUAAGUGGUCAUGGAAUGUUUUUGCACAGGGGAAAUGUUUGUAUUAGGAUGGACAAGCGUAAGUAUCAGUUUCAAUAUUGUUCCUAACUUGUAUCUAUGUUAAAAAUAUUGUAAAUAAAUACCUCUGAACCAUUA